AAUUACGAAGUUUUUUAGAAUGGAGAAACGUUCAGAUACAGAGAGUUCAGAAGAGAUUUUGGGUGAUUGGGAUUUAACUCCUCCGGUGGAUCCGGAAGAGAGAGUCGUAAUGGUUUCUGUUCCCAUUUCACCAGAAUCUGAUAACGCGAGAUCGAAUCAACCGAAAGAGAUCGAAACUAGGGUUUCAGACAAGGAAAGAAACGUCGCCGGAGAAUCAUCGGCGAGGAGAGUGUUGCCGCCGUGGAUGGAUCCGUCGUAUGAAUGGGGUGGUGGGAAAUGGAAAGAAGAUGGAAGAAAGAAGAAGAAGAAAGAUAAAGAGAAAAAGAAAGAGAAAGAGAAAGAAGAGAUUAUACCUUUUAAAGAAAUCAUUGAAGCUCUGCUUCGAAAUUCCGGUGACAAGGUUGAAGAAGACAAAGCUAAUCAAAGCCAGAGCUCUGUUGAGAUGUUGAAAUCAUUAGUUCUACAAAACCUUCUCAUCUGGAUUAAAGGAUGUAGUCUGGAAUACUGAUGCAACUGCUGAAGAACAGAAGCAAUAAGAAAUAGCAAGUUGUUCA